AUGGCAUCCUUCUUGUGGGAUAGCGCUUGCUUCUAUGAUUUGGCUCUGAAAGCCGAGCAAAAAUUCAAAACUCUGAAUUCCGGAAGCUCGAAGACUCUCAUGCGUAGAAGCCUUCCUCUCCAUAUCGGCAAGCGUUCACAAAGUGUGUGUUUCUUCGCGGCGGCACCACGACUUCCUAAAGACGCCAUCUUUGCUCUCACCGCAGAGUGUCGUGAUGAUCUGUCCCCUGUGAAAGUAAAUCUUGGACAAGGGAGCUAUCAUGAUGAGAAUGGCUUUCCUUGGGUUCUGCCUGCAGUCUGCCGAGCUCGGAGAAGGCUGGCAAGGCUAGAUUUGGACCACGAGUAUUUGCCAAUCCUUGGAUUGCCCGAGUUCAGAGCCGCGGCUGCAGAACUCGUCUUUGGGACAGAAAGUUAUGCUGCAAUCCGACCUAGGAUAGCCACUUGUCAGAGCCUCUCCGGAACUGGAAGCCUACACUUGGCGGGGCCACUAAUCAGGAAUUGCAGUUCUUUGAAUCGUCAAGUGUGGAUUUCAGAACCUACGUGGUCGAAUCAUCAUUUGGUGUUUUCCUCCCUUGGCUGUCAAGUUCGCGCUUUUCGAUAUUAUAACCCUGAAGCAAAAGCACUGGAUAUGAACUCUUAUCUGGACGCACUACGCUCAGCCGAACCAAAAUCGAUUAUCAUCCUAUAUGCUUGCGCCCAUAACCCGACGGGAUGUGAUCCUACACAAGACCAAUGGAAAGAAAUUGGUGAGAUCAUCAAAGAACGACAGCUCUUUCCCCUUUUCGACGCAGCGUAUUUAGGAUUCAGGCCUGGAAAUUUCAACAAAGACACAUUUUCCAUCCGUUAUUUUGUGAACAACCUUGGCUUGGAAGCUGCGGUAGCAGUCUCAUUUACGAAGAAUAUGGGACUCUAUGGCGAACGUGUUGGGGCAACCAUUUUUGGCCAGGUCCGAAGAGAUUGCACAGAACUCGCGAAAAUUGCCGCGCAAAUUCUACGCGAUCCAUUUCUGCGUAAAAUGUGGUUCGAAGAUCUCAAGACCAUGAGCAAUCGAAUCUCGUUAAUGAGAAAGACGCUUUACAACCUUCUUGUUAAAAACGGUGCACCAGGAACGUGGGAUCAUUUUGUGCAACAGUUAGGAAUGCUCGGAUUCCUUGGCUUAACGCACGACGUCGUCCUCACAGACCAAUAUCAUAUCUACCUGGCAGAUAAUUCCCGUAUUUCUAUUGCUGGACUUAACGAAUCGAACGUUGCAUAUGUCGCCCGAGCAAUUACUGAAUGUUUACAAGCAGCAAGCCCAACUGAAGAGAUGUCGGCACUAGCCUCACAUCUAUAA